GGCCAGACUGGGCCAAGUGUGGCGACUGUUGUGCGGUCGUGUUUUUGUUUACUUCGUGCCUCCUCCUCCUCCUGCUGCUGUCUUUCUCUCUUUUGGCGGUUUUCGCGGCCUUGAGAGCGUAAAGAGAUGUCCGAGACGGCUCCAGCCCCGCCGGCUGCCCCCGCGCCAGCGCCCGCGGAGAAGACGCCGGUGAAGAAGAAGGCUACGAAGAAGGCGGCAGGCGCCGGCGGAGCUCGGCGCAAGGCUGCCGGGCCGCCCAUCUCGGAGCUGAUCACCAAGGCCGUGGAGGCCUCCAAAGAGCGCAGUGGUGUGUCUCUGGCCGCCCUUAAGAAGGCGCUGGCGGCCGCCGGCUACGACGUGGAGAAGAACAACAGCCGCAUCAAGCUGGGGCUCAAGAGCCUGGUGAACAAGGGCACCCUGGUGCAGACGAAGGGGACCGGCGCGUCGGGCUCGUUCAAGCUCAACAAGAAAGCUCCGGCCGCCGAGGGUAAAGCCAAGGCCAAGAAGGCGACGUCGGCCAAGGCCAAGAAGCCGAGCGCCGCAGCCAAAAAGCCCAAGAAAGCGUCUGGGGCGGCGGCCAGUAAGAAGAACGUCAAGAAGACGCCCAAGAAGGUGAAGAAGCCGGCCGCCGUAGGAGCCAAGAAGGCAGCCAAGAGCCCGAAGAAGCCCAAGGCGGCCAAAGCCAAGAAAGUGGCCAAAAGCCCCGCAAAGGCUAAGGUGGCCAAGCCCAAGGCAGCAAAACCGAAAGCGGCCAAGCCCAAGAAGGCGGCGCCCAAGAAGUGAAGGGAGAGCAUCCUUCCCCCCCGAGUCCAUCCGGUCUUUUUUCUAUGAAAACUCAAAAGGCUCUUUUCAGAGCCACCCCACAAUCUCAAAAAAGAUGCUGACACAAAACGCUCUCACAAAAA